GGGCAGGCGCGGUACUGCCGGCGGCUCUCGUACCUGUGCCUGAAGCUCUCGCUCAUCACCUACUCCACCACGUUCUGGGUGAUCGGAGCCCUGGUCCUCGCCGUUGGGAUUUAUGCAGAAAUUGAAAGGCAGGAGUACAAAACUCUAGAAAGUGCCUUUCUAGCCCCAGCAAUUAUUUUGAUAGUUCUGGGCAUUGUGAUGUUCCUGGUAUCCUUUGUGGGUGUACUGGCUUCUCUGAGGGACAAUUUGUGUCUUCUGCAAGCAUUCAUGUACAUCCUUGGCAUCUGCUUGCUGAUUGAGCUGACAGGUGGAGUGGUGGCCCUGAUCUUCAGGAACCAGACAAUCAAAUUUUUGAAUGACAACAUUAGAAGAGGGAUUGAGAAUUACUAUGAUGAUUUAGACUUCAAGAACAUCAUGGAUUCUGUUCAAAAGCAGUUUAAAUGCUGUGGUGGGGAGGAUUAUAGAGACUGGUCCCAAAAUGUGUACCACAGCUGUGCAGCUCCAGGACCACUGGCUUGUGGGGUGCCCUACACUUGCUGCAUCAGAAAUAAGACAGACAUUAUCAACACCAUGUGUGGAUACAAAACCAUUGACCAAGAGCGCCUGAGCGUUCAGCACGUUAUCUACGUCCGGGGCUGCACCAACGCCGUGCUCAUUUGGUUUUUGGACAACUACACCAUCAUGGCUGCCGUGCUGCUGGGCAUACUGGUGCCCCAGUUCCUGGGAGUGCUGCUGUCCUUGCUGUACAUCACCAGGGUGGAGGACAUCAUCACAGAGCACAAGCUGAGCGAGAGCCUGUGGGAGGACGUGCGCCCCAGAGCCGCCCCCGAGCGCUCCGGAGCCGACUGCUGCAUGUGCUACCCUGGCUGAGCUGGGGGGCCCCAAGUGCAGCUGGGACCAGGCAAAACCAGCAGCUUUUGCUCCCUGCUGGCUGCUCCAGACUGUGGGGUCUGGCGGGUGAGACCCAGGGCAGGGCAGAGGGGCUGCCCAGAGGGGUCUGUGGAUCGCUGCAUCUCCUUCAGAGUGAUUGCUGAGCCGUGGCACAGCCAGGAAAAAAAAAUUAAAAAAAAAAAACUGGAGAAGAUUUGGACGUCGAUUUCUAGGAUUUCUUUGCAUCUUGGGUCUCAUGUCUAUGUCUCUUUUCCAGCUUUAUUUUCUCCCUCCUUCCUGAGGGAUUUCUUGCGGAUCGACGUGGUGGAGAUUAAGCAUAUUAAUAUUAAACAUGUUUAAUAUUGGUUUGAUCAUGGGGUUUUGUGCUAAUCAUGAUGAAUUUCCUGACAAUAAUGGAUGUGAUGCCAAUGCUUUCAUUGCUCAGUCUUCUGUGCCUUUUAAUGAUGGGGCAAAUGCCAGUGUCAAAUCAGGUAAUGCUUGAUCGAUUUUUUUAAUGCAGUUUAUUACUGUCUGGCUUUUUGUACAGGAUGUUUUGAGUCUUGGAUGUACUGUAUUUUCCCCCUUUAGUAAAUUAACUAGGAGAUUGAUGUCUUUAUAUUUUUUUGGAGUUCUCUAUGUCGAGAUCUUUCUAAAAUUUACUGUCGAA